AAGUGGGCAAAUAUUCUGAACCUUAUCUGCACCCCCAGAGUACUGCCCCACCCCUCUUACAACGCCCUUCUCUCAGCAGUCAAUCACCCCCACCACCUUCACCGAGGACACAUCCCCCCUAUGGAGCGGUCCAUCACAACAUCAAGGGGAGACAUUCUCUCAGGAGGAUCAAGGGGAGACAGACAGCAGGUCCUGACAGGAUCGUUGAGCUCGUCUACAAUAUGAGCCUGAUGCUGGGUGAAGACGGCGCUGUGCAGAGGGUGGAGACUGACGGUGCCUUCAGGUGCAGAGACCACUGACUCUGCAGGAGACACAGGUUCUUAUCGGCUCUGAUCGGCAGUGAUGGAAAUGUGACUUCCUGGUGAACUCAUUUGGCAGCAAGAGAGAAGAUGAUCCGGAUCCUGCUGCUCAUCACCAUGAUCUCCUGUGUCUGUGCAGGAACAUUAGUUGUGAAAGUGACACAGACCAACUAUCAGGCAGAGGAGAACGACAACAUCACUCUGGAAUGGACGUUCACACCUAGAAGAGACAAAUCUCAGACUUCAUGUGUACAGACUCAGGACUGAAGACUCAGGCCGGUACAAGUGUCUGGUGCAGACAAGAUAUGGCCUGGGUGAUGACCAAUGCUGGCUCAAUGUCACUGCCAAUGGUGCUCAGGAACAACAUACGACUCAAACUGAGAAACCAGAGCCACUGGGUGAGGAAAGGCUCUUUUUUUUUGAAGUUUUCAAAUCUUUUUUUUUUACAAUGAUUUACUUAACUCCUUAUGAACAUGAGAUAAGAACAUUUGUUUUUUAAACAAAUUCUUAUUGUUUUCAGUCAGAUUCCAGUCAGUCAAACAUUCAUUUCCUGUGUGGGUAGUCGUACUAAUACGCCGACUACCGGUACGGCUAACUCAACUUCCUCAACCGCAAGCAAGGUUUAACACAAUGAGUAUGCAACCACGGCUAAAUCCACAGUUCACUUUCAGCUGUGGGAUCACGUGUCAUAUUGCCGUGCCACUGCAGACGCUCUGCCGACUGAGACAGCGAGGCGAACAACUACUACGCUGGUAAUGUAUUUAUAUAGCGCGUUUCUAAUGUUAAGUACAGUACAGUUUUACAUUCACCCAUUCUAACACACAGUGCAUCUAUUAGCAGCACUGUUCUAUGAGUCUGGGCAAUUAAGGGUUCAGCAUCUUGCCCAAGGACACUUUGGCAUGCAGAUGGGGAAGACUGGGAAUCGAACUGCCGCUCAGCCACAGCCGCCCCGAUGUCUUUCUUUUGUACUUCUGUUAGGUGUGUGCUCCGUGUCGCUGCAGACAUGCCUCACAGAGAGAGGAACUUCCCCUCAACAGCAACUUGUAGCUUUAACUUGCAGCCUGGUUCAAAAAACGGUUUUAGUCUCAAUCACUUAGUUCUUCCUUCGUGACAACUGUGACUCACUCGUUUAAAUUAUAAAGAGGUUUGAAAUUAUGAAUAAUUAUUAAUUGAUGGACAGGUGAAGUCACCGUUAGCUCGUCGCUCCAGCUCCUAUCCUGCUGCCUGCUCGUCCCCGUGAUGGACCGGGACAUGGGUGUGAAACGACUACAAAGUGCAACAAGAGAGAAGAUGAUCCUGAUCCUGCUGCUCAUCACCAUGAUCUCCUGUGUCUGUGCAGGAACAUUAGUUGUGAAUGUGACACAGACCAACUAUCAGGCAGAGGAGAACGACAACAUCACAUUGGAAUGGACGUUCACACCCAGAAGAGACAAAUCCCCCAACUUACUCUUUAUCAUCUGUGAACUAAUAACAGAUCACAGAGUCUCUGUCGUAUAUCGACUACAUCACGGUGUUAAGGUCCUGGAGUCUCAGGAUGAACCGUUUUCAGGACGAGUCAAGUGUGACAGAGACGUCCUCAGAGAAGGACGACUCAGACUUCAUGUGUCCAGACUCAGGACUGAAGACUCAGGCCAGUACAAGUGUCUGGUGCAGACAAAAUCUGACCUGAGUUCAGACCAUUGCUGGCUCAAUGUCACCGCCACUGUUGCUCAGGAACAACAUACAACUCCAACUGUGAACCCAGAACCAAAGUGUCAGGAAAGGUUCUACAUCUUACUUGGUGCAGGAAUAAUGUUCAUAGUUAUCGUGAUAGUAGUGAUUGUAUAUUCAAUAGCUGUAGCAACAGCGAUUGCACCAGAAGCAGCAGUAUUAUGAUUGUUGUUGGGAGGAUCGAUAAUAUUAUCAGUGUUUGCAGCUCUGUCAGCUCCCUGGCUCCUCAUCUGCUCUGGCUGCGGUCAAUCAAAUUCAGAGAGCAGGCCUGACAGCAUCAGCAGCUACAGAAGGUCACAAAAUGACACCUGACUAACUACAAUAGUUUUUAUAUUUUCAAUGUGGCCGAUGUUUUUUCUUCUCUCGCAGAUCCAAAAAAACAUUUAGACCAUCAUGUGUUUCGUUGAUUUGCAAACAAAUCCACACACUACUGGUGGUUGAUCUAAUAUCUGAACGGACAAACAUUUGCAGAUUCUAGGGACAUUCACGUCAGUGUCUCAGGUUGAAAUUCCAUAAGCAGAUAAGAGUUCCUGUACAAACAGGAGAAAGAAUUAGACAGAUGACUGGAGCUUCUGUCCAGUGUCUGAUUCUUUUUUCAAAAUAUAUCUCGACAUCUCUCUUUACACUUCAGGUAAAUGAAAACACACAUUGUCAACUUCUCUGUUCAUUCAAAGUUAUUCUUUGUGUUCACAGCUAUUGACCAAUAAGCAUUUCCUGGGAAUAUUUAUAUAUAAAUAUAAAUUGUAAAUAAAUGUUAUACUGAAAAAAAAAACUUUAGUUAAACAAAAAUAUGUUGAAGUAUUUAAAUGGCACUCUCUUAUAGGACUUUGUAGUCGUUUCUCGAAGAAAAUUGCACUUUCUUGAUUCUUGUUGUUCUGGCUUUGUUCCCCCAGGGUUGAUGCACUUAUUGUGAGUAGCUUUUGAUAAAAGCUUCAGCUUAAUGAAAUGUAAUGUAAAUACUUGAGCUGGGCUUGCAAAAAACUACUUUUUUGUCUAUAUAGCGUGUAUAUGUGUAUGUAUGUAACCAGCUUGUACAACCAGAACAAAAAUGUAUAUAUUCAAAAUUCAAUGCACAUGAGCCAU